UAUAUACAUACAUACAUACACACACAUCGUUGAAUUUGAAUUCAAUUGUUCUUGACAUUGGAAUUGCCAUAUUGGCAAUGGAGAGCGAGAGAGGAUCCCUCCCUCCUAAUCCCAUUUUAAACUCUAAUCCUCUCUCUGCCUCUCUUCUGCCUUUCUUGGUUUUCCAUUAAUGGUGGUGGCUAAUAUAUAAUAUAUAUAUAUAUCUGCAUCUGUCUCUCUCUCUCUCCUCCCUUUUGUUUCUCUCUCAUUAUUAAUUAGGCCCACCACCCAAUCCAAUCCAUCAUCACAGCACAGCACAGCAAAGCACGUUACACGCCAAACCCACCCCCCCACCCCCCCAAAGUUUCUUUCCGAUUACCCAACCCAUCCUCCAUUACCCUUCUUCUUCUUCUGGUUUCUUGCAGACGAGGAAGAAGGAGAAGGACAGCAGAAGCUUUCCUAAAAGGAAGAAAAAGAGGGAAACAAAAGUCACUACUGAUUAAGAUAUAGAUACAGAUAGAUACAGAUUACAGUUACCAUUACCACCACCGCCAAGCCAAGAAACCUCAAGAUUCCAUUCCAAGCUUUCCCAUUUCCCCCAAUUGCUCACCCCGCCAUUAAUCAAUCGAUCCCACCUCCAGAGAGAGAUUCCAAACCCUAACCAGACAGAUUCCAAUCUGCGCCGAUGAAGCACAUUGCCGACGCCGGAGCCCCGUCGACGCCGGGAAAGUUCAAGAUCGAGAAAUCUCCCUACACCAAACUCCGCCAGCACUCCUCCUUAGCGAAGCUCACUUUCUGGUCCUUCGUCUUCCUCGGCCUCAUCUUCGUCUUCUUCUACAGAUCGCCCACUUCCCCCACUCCCCCACCCUCAGAUCUCUCCAGAAGAUCCCUCCGAACCAGCUCCUACGACAGCCCUAAUUUCGAGAAACGCGUCAAAGCCUCCGCCAAAAUCCGCUCCCGAAAUGGCAUCUCCGUCCUCGUCACCGGCGCCGCCGGCUUCGUCGGCACCCACGUCUCCGCCGCCCUCAAGCGCCGCGGCGACGGCGUCGUCGGCCUCGACAAUUUCAACGAUUACUACGACCCCUCUCUCAAAAGAGCCCGACAAGCCCUUCUCGAGCGCUCCGGCGUCUACCUCGUCGAAGGCGACAUCAACGAUUCGCCAUUGCUGAAAAGGCUGUUCGCCAUUGUUACCUUCACCCACGUCAUGCAUCUUGCAGCUCAGGCCGGCGUCCGGUACGCCAUGGAAAAUCCGAGCUCCUACGUUCACAGCAACAUCGCCGGCCUCGUCAAUCUUCUCGAAGUCUGCAAAAGCUCCAAUCCUCAGCCAUCCAUUGUCUGGGCAUCCAGCAGCUCUGUAUACGGAUUGAAUUCAAAAGUUCCAUUUUCAGAGAGGGACAGGACCGAUCAGCCGGCGAGCUUAUACGCCGCCACAAAGAAGGCCGGAGAAGAAAUCGCCCACACAUACAAUCACAUCCACGGCCUAUCGAUCACGGGACUGCGAUUCUUCACCGUCUACGGGCCGUGGGGGAGGCCGGACAUGGCCUACUUCUUCUUCACCAAGGAUAUAUUAAAGGGCAAGUCAAUUCCGAUCUUCGAAGCUCCUAACCAUGGCACCGUGGCUAGGGAUUUCACCUACAUUGAUGAUAUUGUGAAAGGAUGUUUAGCUGCAUUGGAUACUGCCGAGAAGAGCACUGGCAGCGGCGGGAAGAAGAAGGGGCCGGCGCAAUUACGCGUAUAUAAUCUUGGAAACACAUCCCCCGUGCCUGUUUCGGAUCUUGUGAGCAUUUUGGAGAGAUUGCUAAAGGUGAAGGCGAAGAGGAUGGUUAUGAAGAUGCCGAGGAAUGGCGACGUGCAGUUUACGCACGCCAACAUAAGUUUAGCUCAGAGGGAGCUCGGGUAUAAGCCCACGACGGAUUUACAGACGGGGCUGAAGAAAUUUGUUCGGUGGUACCUCAAUUACUACGGAGACAAGAAGAGCGUGCAGUGAAAACGGAUUUUCCGGAUUGGGGUAGCACCAUUCUAUUCUUUUGCCAUUUUGAUUCGUAUGAUUUGUUUUUUUUUUAUAUAUAUAACCUAUCUAUAAUCUUGUUUCACAUAUCUUGGCGAUGUGAUCGUAUAAGGAUGAAGAAGUGUUCCUAUGGUUGUUGGGAUUGUUUUUUCUCUUCUGCAUCGAUAGGGGGAGAUGAAAAGGACAAAACCCGACGGCUUCUGUUCGUCUGUGGGGAUGUAUUUGUUGUAGUCUUAUCAUUUAGAACUCAUGCUUGAUAGAACAAUUUUACUGAUUGAUGGACUUGUAUGAUCCGAAUCCGGUUCCAAUAAAAUAGAACACAAUACAGUGGCUGUUACGUAUUAUUUUAAUGGCGUGUGUCUUGUAGAUUCGUUGAAUAAAGCAUGCUAUCCUUUGCUGCC